GACCCAGUAGCCCGGGCGAUUAUGGACCCGGCAGAGGCGGUGCUGCAGGAGAAAGCGCUCAAGUUUAUGGCUGCAGUUCCGGCUGGUGGAUAUUGGAGGAAUAAUAAAAAGUGCUCUAUGCCCAGGUCUCUGUGGCUGGGCUGCUCCAGCCUGGCGGACAGCAUGCCUUCGCUGCGAUGCCUGUAUAACCCAGGGACUGGCGCACUCACAGCUUUCCAGAAUUCCUCAGAGAGAGAAGACUGUAAUAAUGGCGAACCCCCUAGGAAGAUAAUACCAGAGAAGAAUUCACUUAGACAGACUUACAACAGCUGUGCCAGGCUCUGCAUAAACCAAGAGACAGUAUGUCUAACAAGCACUGCUAUGAAGACUGAAAACUGUGUGGCCAAAACAAAACUUGCCAAUGGCACUUCCAGCAUGAUUGUGCCCAAGCAGCGGAAACUCUCAGCAAGCUAUGAGAAGGAAAAGGAGCUGUGUGUCAAAUAUUUUGAGCAGUGGUCAGAGUCUGAUCAAGUGGAAUUUGUAGAACACCUUAUAUCGCAAAUGUGUCAUUACCAGCAUGGACACAUCAACUCCUAUCUGAAGCCUAUGCUGCAGAGGGACUUCAUAACUGCGCUGCCAGCAAGGGGUCUGGACCAUAUUGCUGAGAACAUUCUGUCAUACUUGGACGCCAAGUCACUGUGUGCUGCUGAGCUUGUGUGCAAGGAAUGGUACCGCGUGACGUCGGACGGCAUGCUGUGGAAGAAGCUCAUCGAGAGGAUGGUCAGGACAGACUCUCUGUGGCGAGGCCUGGCAGAGCGCAGAGGGUGGGGACAGUACUUAUUCAAAAACAAACCUCCUGAUGAGAAUGCUCCUCCCAACUCCUUUUAUAGAGCGCUUUAUCCUAAAAUUAUACAAGACAUUGAGACAAUAGAGUCCAACUGGAGAUGUGGGCGACACAGUUUACAGAGAAUCCACUGCCGGAGUGAAACAAGUAAAGGGGUUUACUGUUUACAGUAUGAUGACCAGAAGAUAGUCAGCGGCCUUCGAGACAACACCAUCAAGAUCUGGGAUAAAAGCACACUGGAAUGCAAGCGAAUUCUCACAGGCCACACAGGCUCUGUCCUGUGUCUGCAGUACGACGAGAGGGUGAUCAUCACGGGCUCCUCAGACUCCACCGUCAGAGUGUGGGAUGUAAAUGCGGGUGAGAUGCUGAACACAUUGAUCCACCACUGUGAAGCUGUUCUCCACUUGCGCUUCAAUAAUGGCAUGAUGGUGACCUGCUCCAAAGACCGCUCCAUUGCUGUGUGGGACAUGGCGUCCCCAACCGACAUCACCCUCAGGAGGGUGCUGGUGGGACACCGAGCUGCAGUCAAUGUUGUAGACUUUGAUGACAAGUACAUCGUUUCUGCCUCUGGAGAUAGAACCAUAAAGGUGUGGAACACAAGUACCUGUGAAUUUGUAAGGACCCUAAAUGGGCACAAGCGCGGCAUUGCCUGUUUGCAGUACAGAGACAGGCUGGUGGUGAGCGGCUCAUCUGACAACACCAUCAGGCUGUGGGACAUAGAGUGUGGAGCAUGUUUGCGAGUGUUGGAAGGCCAUGAGGAAUUGGUACGCUGUAUUCGAUUUGAUAACAAAAGGAUAGUGAGUGGGGCCUAUGAUGGAAAAAUUAAAGUGUGGGAUCUUAUGGCUGCUUUGGACCCGCGUGCUCCUGCAGGGACUCUUUGUCUACGGACCCUUGUGGAGCAUUCUGGAAGAGUUUUUCGACUCCAGUUUGAUGAAUUCCAGAUUGUCAGUAGUUCACAUGAUGACACAAUUCUCAUCUGGGACUUCCUAAAUGAUCCAGCUGCUCAUGCUGAACCGCCUCGCUCCCCUUCUCGGACAUACACCUACAUCUCCAGAUAAAUAGCCCGACACUGGCCUCAUAAUUGCCCAGGACUCGUUAAUGUUGCAGUAUUUAACAUACCUGCCAAGACCAGGAUGAACAACAACAAUCAAACUCCUACCCGGAUUCCCGGAUGGAUCAGCGAGGAGCAGGGCUUUGAGACUCCUGUUGGGAUACAGUCGGUCAGCAGCCAGCCAGGACGGUCUGGUCGGCACACCGGCUGCUUCAGUGCUGCUAUCAGAAGAUGUCUUUAUCUUGUGUGAAUGAUUGGGACUUCCAAGCCUCCCUUCCUCCCUUCCUCCCUCCC